AUGGGCUCCUCAGGCGAGGAUCCGCCCCUUGUGAGCGACACACCGGCACACCACGUCUGGGCCACUCCCCAUCACACCACCACCGCCACUCCCGCCGAGGACGACGACAACAACGAGCGCAACCCGCUACUUGGGCCCCGACAACAUGGCGACGAUGCCGGGAACGGCGCCGCCGAUGGCGACGGCGGCAGCUGCCAUAGCCCCAAGAACCCUUACGCCGGGGCCGGCCUGCUCGGCGACAAGUCUCCCGGCGUAGCCCGCAUCGAGGCCAUCUCGGCCCAGCUUACCCAGCGCGAGCGCAUCGCCCUCUUCUUUGGCAUCUUCCUCGUCGGCUAUGCCUACGGCCUUGACUCUCAAGUCCGCUCUGCCUACCAGCCCUACGCCACCUCGAGCUACUCUCUGCACUCGUACCAGGCCACCAUCAACGUCCUGCGCGGCGUCGUGGCCGCCGCCUCCCAGCCCACCGCCGCCAAGGUCGCCGACGUCUUUGGCCGCCUCGAGGUCAUGGUCGUGGCCACGCUCCUGUACGUCCUGGGCACCGCCAUCGAGGCCUCGGCCACCUCGGUCGAGGCCUUCUGCGCCGGCGCCCUGCUGUACCAGGUCGGCUAUACCUGCGUCGUCCUGCUCGUCGAGGUCCUCAUCGCCGACAUCUCAUCGAUGCGCGCCCGCGUCUUCUUCAGCUACAUCCCCGCCGUCCCGUUCCUCAUCAAUACCUGGAUCAGCGGCAACAUCACGGCCGCCGUGCUGCGCUAUACGAGCUGGCGCUGGGGCAUCGGCAUGUGGUGCAUCAUCUACUCUGUCUCGUCCCUGCCCUUGCUCGUGACGCUCUAUUCGAUCGGCGAGCGGGCCCGCCGGUCGGGCGUGCUCGACGAGCACCGCAGCCCUCUCGAGAUGCUCGGCCUGCGCAAGCUGAGCAAGCAGCUCUUCCACCAGCUCGACAUCGUGGGCCUCUCCAUCGUGGUCGCCGCCUUCGCCCUCGUGCUCGCGCCCCUCACCAUCGCCGGCGGCGUCGACCUCGACCACUGGCGCAGCCCCUCCAUCGUCGUGCCGCUUGCCGUCGGCCUCGUCUGCGUGCCCGUCUUCGUGACCUGGGAGCGCCGGGGCGCGCGCUUCCCGCUCGUGCCCUUCCACCUGCUCAGGGACAGAGGGGUCUGGGGCGCGCUCGCCGUGCGCAGCCUGCUGAACUUGGCCUGGUACGUCCAGGGCAACUACCUCUACACAGUCCUCGUCGUCGCCUUUGACUUCCCCAUCGAGACGGCGACGCGCAUCGUCUCCUUCUUCUCCUUUUUCGGCGUCGCAUCGGGCGUCAUCGUGGGCAUGGUCAUCUACAAGACCCGCCGGCUCAAGAACAUCAUCGUCGGGGGCACCUGUCUCUUCAUGGUCUCCUUCCUCAUCCUGAUUCGGUACACGGGCGGCGCCGACUCGGCCUCGCGUGCCGGCAUGGUCGGGGGCCAGGUGCUCAUCGGCCUGGCCGGCGGCCUGUUCGCCUACCCGACGCAGGCCUCGAUCCAGGCCUCGGCCACGCGUGAGCACGUCGCCGUGCUGACGGGCCUGUACCUGUCCUUCUACAACAUCGGCAGCGCCCUGGGCACGUGCCUGUCGGGCGCCAUCUGGACGCAGACCCUGUACGGCCAGCUGCGCGACAACCUCGCCUUCCAGCCCAACGAGACGCUCGCGCGCGCCGUCUACGACAACCCCUUCGACGUCGUCCCUGGCUUCCCCGUCGGGACCGAGGUCAGGGCGGCCAUCAUCUCUUCGUACCAGAACGUGCAGCGGCUGCUGUGCGUCGCCGGGUUGUGUCUGUGCGUGCCCAUGAUUGGGUUCGCGCUGGUUCUGCGGAACCCGAGGCUGUCGGAGGAGGAGAUCCAGAGCUUUGAGCAGGAGGUUGAUGUCAUCCGCGAGUGUGCAUGA